AUGGAUAUGUCAUUCGAUCUUUACGUACUUCAAAGCAACAGUUAUGAACUUCUUCUUGCGGUUGACAUUUACAAAGACGAUAAGGAUAUAAAAAGAUACGUCGAAUUUGAUACUACAAAGAUCUUCUUAAAGAAACUCAAAGUUAGACACCUCAGGGACUAUGUCCGUAAAGAAGUUGACGUUCCCGACAUAAACAUAAACAAAUUGAAACUUUGGAAACUUAAUGGUUUUAAGCUUAAAGAUAUUAAAGAGCAAAGUAUUUCUACCGAAGAAGACAUUGUACAAAAACUUCAUGGAGAAGAAAUGCAACUUGAUGAACCAUUUAGUACAUAUUUUCAAGCUGAAUUGGAUAAAUUAGAUGAUGAAGAUUAUGAACCUCUUGUUAAAACCUUCGGUAAGGACUUCAAGUUCUGUGGGCGAGAUGAUGCUAUUAACAUCUUUUGGAAUGGUGAUGUGUUGACAGAUCGGAAUGGAAUCGUGAGCCGAUUUGGAGUCCGUAAUGAAAGUGACAAAAACCUUCAUCCAAUUCCUGUCGUAGCUGGUGGUCCUGGAACGGGAAAGAGUAGAUUUCUGGAUGAAGUUGAACAAUUGCUCAGUCAAUGUGCUAACGAAUCUGGCAAUUAUGAAAUCCGGGAAGCUUUUGCCAAUAUGACUGUCAUAAACACCACCUACGGGAAUGGAUCCCCGGCCGACGAUAUAGAUAUAAACAUUACAGCACAGGCAUCUCUUGCAAUACGUAUUCUGUUUGAGUACUUUCGACCACAACCAUCUGAAAUGGGCAAAUUUGAUUUUUCUAGCUUCCGCUCACUCUGUAAUGGACUUCGCAGUAAUUUGAACAUUUCGAAUUUUACCCUAAGCAUUGCUCUUCAAGUUGUAUCCAUUGACAUUAUGCGAAUGAAACAAAUAGCACCUAAUUCUCUGCUGGUCUUAGUCCUUGGCAUCGAUGAAUUCAAUAAAUUACAUGAUAUUGACAAAGAUACUUCUAAAAAGCUUGUACAUUCCAUUGGAGGAAUAAUGUGUUCACCGCCUAAUAAUGUUUUUUUCAUUCCUAUUCUGGCUGGAACAAUAGAGGGACCUUUGGACAAGUAUGUCACAGAAUCUAUGCAUAAACCACUUCGCCUUCCAUUAUACCUCCUCGAAGAGAAAUAUGCGAUUGAGAUUGGCAAGGCUAUGAAUCUAUUUGAUGACAAUUAUGUCAAAUGUCAUCCUUAUUUUCGAGUCAGUAUCGGUGACAUUGGAGGACACGCAAGAUCUUUGGAAUAUUUCUACAGAACUUUUGAAAAAAAGUUGCAACAAAGGAAUGGUCUUAUCAAUGUGAAACUAAGUGAUGUCAUGUUAACUGUCGAACAUAUCAUUAGGGAUGAUUAUAAUUUAGUGACGUACUCAAGAUGGUUGACAGAAGUUAUUGCAAAAGCCAUAUUAGGUCUGCCAGUGAAAAAAAUGGACGAGAUUAUGAUUGACGAACGAUCAACAAGUUAUCAGGAUCUUAAUUCGAUGGGUAUCUUGAAUCUGGUCUUGGUAAAACCGUCUACAGGAGACCACCAGAUUCGGUUACCUUACACAUGGGCAAGUGUUCUCGUUCGAGCCUCUAAAGACCCUGGGAUGACUUAUUGGAAAUCCAUGUUUGAUUAUGAUGAGCCAAUGUAUUGGCAGAACUUUGAGGAUUUCAAUGCUAAAUUCUGGGCGUUACGCCUCAGUCUCUUCCAUUUGUUAGGAUAUAAGAAAAUCAAGUUGGGAGAACUCCUUAAUGGUGCAAAAUUUUCCCGUGGCUUUCCAGAGGAGGCUGAAAUUAUCCUUCCUGAGGACGUCAAAUUGUGUAAAUUACGACAUCGGUAUCCAGCUACUAAGACUAACGAAAACAAAAAUAUGAAUGAAAUGGAAGAGAGUUCGCGUUGCUAUACCAAGCUUGAUUUUCUGAGGAAUGAAGAUGUUAAGAAUGAGAAAUAUAUGGAUUUUGUAUUCCUAAAUGCACCCGGUGCACCCUGGGAUGUCUUUGGUUUUCAUAGGUACGUUAAUUAUGAAAGUUCCGAAAAUGGUAUCUUCUGUAUUGCUCAGCAAAUAAAAUACACCAACAUUGAGGCACUUGAAGCAAUGAUCAUUGAUCAAAAUUCAUUCAAUGACGAGUAUGAAAAGGUCUCCGAAAGUAUAAAGGAUGUUCCCAUAGACGAUUGGGCUCUCUUAUUCCUAACAAACGCAGAAUCAAAUGAAAACCUGAUUAUAAAGUGUAAAAACGACAGUGCAUUAGUAUCAAGGAAACAAUUUCACGAUUUCUAUGGAUUCACAUACGCCAGCAGAGCACAAUUUGCAUCUGCAAAUGAAAAAAUAUUUAUUAAUUCGGCUCCUUCUGAAACUCUUAAAAUCCUUGGCUUCACCGAUAAUCAGCGUCAUGACAUAAGUUUGAAACGCCCCUUCAGCGAUUUGGAUGAUAUGAAGACUAAGCUUGACAUUAGUGAAAAUACAUUUAAAAAGUUGAAGCGUGGUAACAGGAUUAUUUUCUAG